AACGUUUACCACUCGCACCGCCCCAAAGAGAAAGUCCGCCUGGACAGCAACAAUAAUGAGAACUCGGUCCCCAAAGACUUUGACACCAUCGACAGCAACAGCAACCUGGGGGCCCGAUCACAUAGCCAGCGAGUGCCGGUCGGAAAUGCCAAACGUAAGCUAGAAAAGAGCCAAGCGCAAAGCAUGCUGGGAAAAUCUGCCAACGAGGUCCUCAAGUACCCUCCCAUCCAACCGAGAGUGCCGGGCCACAAUCGCAACCACACCCACACCCGUAAAGCCCACCCCAAGCUGCCAACGGUUGCAGCGCCGGCUCAGGGGUCAAAUCCGGAUUCGCCGUUCUACCAGACCAAGAAGCCGGCUUCUCCUCCGCUGCCGCCUGGUCUGGAGGUGAGGAAGGAGCAGCUGCAGUGUGAGAUCAGCGGUAAAGAAGCCAUUUCAGCUCUUUCCAGAGCCAAGAGCCGGGAGUGCCGGCAGCAGAUAGUAGAGGUGUACUGCAAACACAAGGAGGGGACGCUGAUGCCCGAGAAAGUUCCUCGCUACUGCCCCGCAGAAGGUAAAGCUAAUGUGAACGUACAGUGGGACGAGGACGCCUCCGAUGCUCUCGCCUGUACGGAUCGCCUCGUCCUGGUCGUCCACGGCCGAGCCUCGCGUCAGUUCCAGCGUCUCUUCAAAGCCAUCUACCACACCUCACACUACUACUACAUCCACGUGGACCAGAGGUCCAACUACCUCCACAGAGAGGUGGUGUCUCUGGCCAGCCGGUAUCCAAACGUGCGGGUGACUCCCUGGAGGAUGGCCACCAUCUGGGGCGGGGCCAGCCUGUUGACCAUGUACCUACGCAGCAUGGAGGACAUCCUCAGCAUGGCCGACUGGUCCUGGGACUUCUUCAUCAAUCUCAGCGCUGCAGACUACCCCAUCAGGGCCAACGAGCAGCUGGUGGCUUUCCUGUCCAAAUACCGCAGCAUGAACUUCAUCAAAUCUCACGGCAGAGACAACGCACGUUUCAUCCGUAAACAGGGCCUGGACCGUCUCUUCUACGAGUGCGACACCCACAUGUGGCGUCUUGGAGAUCGAAAGAUCCCAGAGGGCAUUUCUGUGGAUGGAGGCUCUGAUUGGUUCCUGCUCAACAGGCGCUUUGUGGAUUAUGUGGUCAUCCAGGACGAGCUGGUCGGCAGCAUGAAGCGUUUCUACGCCUACACGCUGCUGCCCGCCGAGGUAACGCACACGCACACACAUAAACGAUCCCGGGACAUCCUCCAAGUCUUCCUUUUCCACACCGUGCUGGAGAACAGCGCCCACUGCGAGACCAUGGUGGACAACAACCUGAGGCUCACCAACUGGAACCGCAAACUGGGAUGUAAGUGCCAGUACAAGCACAUCGUGGACUGGUGCGGCUGCUCGCCCAACGACUUCAAGCCCUCAGAUCUGCCGCGCUUCCAGCAAGCGUCCAGACCCACCUUCUUCGCCCGGAAGUUUGAGGCCAGCGUCAGUCAGGAGAUCAUCAGCCAGCUGGACGCCUACCUGUUCGGAGCUCUCGCCUCGGGAACACCGGGUCUGCAGGCCUACUGGGAGAACAUCUACGAGGCAGAGACAGACGGACCCGCAGGCCUGUCGGACUCUGCGCUCACCCACUACCACGCCUUUGCUCGUAUGGGACUGUCCCGCGCUGCCAGCUCGCUCCAGGGACAUCCCAGCGACAACAGCUGCAGGUACGUCGGCGUGAGUCACCCGGUGUCUGUGCACCUUUACUUUCUGUCCGACCAGUACCAGGGCUACCUGGUCCAUCAUGUGGCUACCAACCAAGCCUCUAACCAGUUGGAAACCCUGGAGACCUGGGUAGCCGCCAAAGACCACUUCACCCUGACCAGCUCUCCACAUGCCGCUAACAGGCUCCAACACAUCCAGGUGGGGACCGACUGGGAUCCUAAGGAGCGUCUCUUCAGGAACUGGGGGCGUCUCCUGGGGCCAGAGGACGAGCCGGUGGCCGUGCAGCGCUGGAGCCGGAGCCAGAGCAACCUGACGGCUACGAUUGUCUGGAUCGACCCCACCAACGUCAUCGCCGCCACCUACGACAUCCUGGUGGACGCCUCCGCUGAGGUCACACACUACCGGCCGCCUCUCACCUCCCCGCUGAGGCCCGGCACGUGGACACUGAGGGUGCUGCACCACUGGAGCCCGCUGGGCCAGACCAGCUUCAUCGUGGCUCCUCUGGAGUUUCACAGGCAAAGGCCGAUACAGCAAGAGGACGCUCUGCGGCUGCACGGCGGACCAGCCAAGAACUCCUACAUGGAGCAGAGCUUCCACGGCCUCAACCCGGUCCUGCAGCUGCCGGUGAGCCUGGGCGCUGUCGAGGAGGCCGAGGCCAACGCCAGUCUGACGGGGGCGCCGUUGCGUCGCUGGCUGGACGGGCUGCUGGAGGGCUACUGGUCCGCCUCAGACGUCUGCUCGAUGGGCCCCAGCGCCUGUCCGGUCAUGCAGCGCUGCCGACUCACCGCGUGGAGCUCCGCCAGCCCCGAUCCAAAAUCCGAACUGAGCCUGCCCAGAGAGGAUGGGCGGAUAAGGUAGCAGGCGGACAGACUGAGGGAGGAUGA